AUGGACAUACAACAGGUGUGUGUGAGCAGUGCGCUGAGUGGUUCGCUUGUUGCGUUGCUGUGCACUCCCUUUGAUGUUGUCAAGAACUACUGGCAGUACACUGCCAUCGCGUCUCCCGCCGGGACUGCUGCUGCCGCUGCAGCUGCUGCUCCCGAUGCAGCCGCUGCUUCAGGCCCCUUUCGGUGUUCACCGACUGCGGGUAGUGCAGCGCUCCACAGCGGCAGCAGCAGCUCUAGGGCGGGGCAGCCCUCUGCGAAGGUUGGAGGAGCAAGCACCCACAUGAGCAGCCUCCAAGUUGCCACGAAGUUGUAUCGCGCUAAAGGGCCUUUGAUUUUCUGGAGGGGUGUGGGGCCCGCUGUGGGCGUCCUCGUCCCCGCCAACAUCAUCUUCUUUACGCUUUAUGAACGCAGAGAUCCGGAGGGCUCUGCUGCUGUUGCGGGGGUGGCUGCACGCACUGCUGCAGUUAUUUGCACGGCCCCUAUAGAGCUUGUGAGGACGCAGGUUCAGGCACGCUGCUGUGGUGGCGAUUCCAAACCGGCCGCGAUUUCGCUGAUACGGGAAACAAUAAAGGCAGAAGGCAUUGGGGGGCUCUUCAAAGGGGUUGUUCCGACAAUUAUAAGGGAUGCGCCGUUCUCUGCGUUCUAUUGGCCUCUGACGACAGCAACCACACGCUUUUUCCGGCGUCUGCUUGUGGCCAGUGAAGGCAGCGGCGACAGCAGCGAAAGCAGCAGCAGCAGCACUUCUGUGCAGCGAUUCCGAGAUGGGGCUGUCAUUCCUUUUCUGUCGGGGGCCAGCUCGGCAGCAGUUGCAUGCGUCUUGACACAUCCCUUCGAUGUGGUGAAGACGCGGGUGCAGGCGUCUCAAUUAAGGCCUCAGGGGCCCUCCGGGGCGGCCAGCGGGGGGCCCCUCUGGUACUUCUUCCGGGGGGUCAGGGAGGCUUGUACUGAAGUGUAUGGUGCCAAUGGUUUCAGGGGGUUUGGGGUUGGGUUGUUGCCGCGGCUCCUCAAGAUCGUGCCGUCCUGUGCCGUGCUGCUAGCCACUUAUGAAGCGACAAAGGCUCUAUGUGGGUCUUCUCUUCUUGACCAGACCUGA